AUGAUAUUUACUAUUCAAGUACCAUGUAGUUUUGUAGCAGUAUCGAUUCAUCGUUGUUGUUCUAUAGUUUAUUAUACGAAGAGUUUUUUUAAAACAAAACAAUGGAUUAUAUUAUGUAUUGGAAGUCAAUGGUUAUUGGGAUUUAUUUUAUCUAUACCAGAUUUUAUACGCAUUCAUAUGUCUAAUGGAGAUGCUCUAUGGCCAAAAGUUUAUGUCCUGGUGAAUAUGAUGAUAAUUCCAUCGAUUAUUUAUUUUGUUACAAAUAUCCUUAUUUAUUAUCAUGUGCGAUCUUCGUCUCGUCGUAUUCAACCACAAACUAAUAUUCAUAAUAUUCAACAAAUAAAAAUUAGUCAUCGUGAUAUUUAUUUAUUACGACAUAUGAUUUUAAUGUUUUGUAUAUUUGUUGCAGGAUGGGCUCCAAUAUAUAUAUUACCAAUUAUUAAUCAUUUUACAUAUAUUAAUUUAUUAGCAUAUGGAAUUUCUACAAUUUGGUGUGAAUUAGCUUUAUUAAUCAAUAUACUUGACUUAUUUUUGUAUAAUCAUAAACUAAGAAAAUAUUUAAAAAGUAUUUGUUUAGAAUGUUUUACUAAACUCUAA